AAAUUAAAACUGACAAAAAAAAAACAACAAACUAUCCAGUCAAUAUGCUCCAGCUAUAGGUAUAUAAGCCAACCCCAGUGGAGGAAGUCAGAACAUAAGUGAGAUAACAAACAAAGCGACAAUGUUGAAACAAAUUCUCGCUACAAUUCUGCUAUUCAGUGCCCUGAGCCAUGCCGAGCCAUUGCGCCGGAGAAACUUCUCGGCCAGGCAGGUGGAGGCUCCUUCGCCACCAAGCCCAGCACCGACUGGUUACCCUUUGGCUGGCGUCACACCAGAAAUUCCCUUCGAUUUGCCCAGUUCAACUGUUGAGCCACAGCCAGAAAUCAAUUAUUUGCCACCGGAUAAUACGUAUGGUCCACCAGCAGAACCGGAUAAUGUCUAUGGUCCACCCACGAACGAUGAGGAUAUUGCUCCACCCACCGUGGAAGAUGAGGAAGAGCAGCAGCCAGAAGAUGAUAUUGCCAAACAGCAGCCCGUCGACGAUGUGCCCCCCCAGGAUGAGGAGGAGGAUGUCCUAGUUGAGGUUGCCGAAGAUGGCACUGUGAUAGCAGUCUCAACCACUCUGGAUCAACCACAAUCUGGCAGACUAUAUCAACGCUUUCCCCAGGGUAAUCGAAGGCAACCACAGCCUGCUUCGGGACCAGUUCCUCAGCGUCUGAUUCUUCGUCGUCGUUGGUAAUGGAUUAAGCAUAUACAUAUAUAGAUUUAAAUA